CCUGCUCUGUCUCUCCCUCGCAGCAGCAGAAUCCCCACAGCAACUACUCACGAAUUGCUUCCGCGUCUGCCUCCGAUCGAUCGAGCGGAGCAGCAGCCCCGGAGAUGGAGGCGGUGAAGAGCCUCCUGAAGCCGAAGCCGACGCCGCAGCAGCAGCUGCGCGAGUGGCAGCGCCGCCUCCGCAACGAGGGCCGCAACAUCGAGCGCCAGAUCCGAGAUGUCCAGAAGGAGGAGAAGAAGGUGGAGAAGGCAAUCAGGGAGGCCGCCAAGCGCGACGACAUCGGAUCAGCCAAGGCGCUGGCCAAGGAGGUGGUGCGGUCCAGGAAGGCGGUCAACCGCCUCUACGAGAACAAGGCCCAGCUCAACUCCAUCUCCAUGCACCUCGGCGAAAUCGUCGCUACUACCAGGACAGUAGGACAUUUGUCCAAGAGCACGGAAGUGAUGAAACUUGUCAACAACCUUAUGAAAGCCCCUGAGGUAGCUGCCACUAUGCAAGAAUUCAGCAAAGAGAUGACAAAGGCUGGUGUAAUGGAAGAAAUGGUAAAUGAUGCUGUCGAUUCAGCGCUGGACAAUGAGGACAUCGAAGAAGAGAUUGAAGAGGAGGUUGAUAAGGUCCUCUCCGCAAUUGCAGGGGAGACUGCUUCCGAGCUACCCGACGCUGUCCGGAAACAAAAACAGAAAGUCACGCAACCUUCGACAAGUGAACCUGUAGAGAGAACUGCUGUAGCGGAAGCGGUUCAUGAUGACGAUGACGAGCUUGACAAGAUAAGGGAAAGGCUCGCCAAAGUGAGGUCCUAAAAGAGAAUUCAUCUGUUGACCUACAUAAAUAGUCCAUUGACAAUGUAUGUGUGUAUGAUAUAUGGUUCCACAGAUGAUGACCUUGUUGUCAUUAACAAGCUGAUUUACUCACAUCCACCAACGUCAAGUUGUUCAACUUGGCCUGUAACUUGUAAGGAUCAUCUCGUGUGACGUGUCCUGUAUUUCGUUUCUUGUUAUAUUGUUGUGGAUUGUGUAAUCAGAUGAAGUCAGUAAUCCACGCUGCACACAACCAUUUAUGGAGAGCUACAUGCUGAAUGAUGGAGCGAGUACAUUGUUCUCCCCUGUU